AUGACACAGUACAAGAAGACAGUUUACAAGAGCCAGCAAGACACACUUCAAAUACAAAAAAGGCUCCUGUGGCUAUCGAGCUUUGGUGUACAACUCUCUAGUGAGAAGAAGCAAAGAUUACUUGCCCAAAGUCAAAAGAUUGAUGAAGUGCACUGUGAGGCUAUGCCCUUUGUUUUUUCCAAGGCURGUCAAGCGAAUGAAAUUCGUCUGGCGCCUUGUGCUCAAGUAACUAACUUGAGAGCGAUGGUUCAUGGUCACCUUGAAAAGAAUCACAAGUAA